GCCAGUCCUUAUGAAUGACAACAAAUGUGUUCAGGAGCGCGGCGGCACGUGUAGUAUGGUCGUACGGAAGUUUUGAGCAUUGUUUGUUUCUGAAGGUUCCUGAUGAAUCAAAAUUCAGAAGCUGUUGAAAGAACUGAUGACUGCAAUAAUGUCGGAGGGAAGAAAUAUGCAGAAGCUGCGUUUCUGUUUGGGGUCGCUGGAGCUGCGGCAAUCUUCGGCUUCGGUAUGACGUUGGCGCAGGCAAAGAAACGCGACCCCGAAACUUUUGCCGAGGGCUUGACUGCUUCGCAGAAGCUCCACGAAAGCGGGUCAAAGCUUGCGUUGCGAGCCCUUGGAAGGGGAACGCUUUAUUCUGUGACAGGGUUCUCUCUAUUCUGCUUCCUCGCGUGGAAGGCGAUAGGAGUUUCAAAUCUAGAAGAAUUCAAACUGAAGGUUGGCUCAAUUCUCCCGCGGAUACCAAAAAAUGAGCCACAAGGACGGACAGAAUUUUCUUCAUUACGAGACCUUUUAAACUACAUAAUUGAAGAAAGCGAUAAAAAGAAAUGACCAUAAGCCCACUUUUAAA